CCAGCUGGUUCGUAUCAAGUACAAACAAUUACACUUUUGUAUAUUUUUAAAAGAAAUGUCCAACGAGAACACUUUGGAUUUACACUACGUACACCAAAGCUUCCAACGAAGCCUAAAAGAAGACGACGACGUUGUUGUAGAAGCUUAUAUUGAUGGAUACAAUGAACUAGUCAAGUUCUUAAAUCUCAUCGGUUCGGUGUUCUCAUUCGUGAGCAGCGACGUAAAAAGUAAAAUUAAGGUGAUAGAGAAACAUAAGGAUGGUGAAGAUGCAGUGUACUAUGAUUCUUUUAAGAAAAUGAUGAAGUACGAGAAGGAAACAAACUUACACGAGAAAAGCGGGUUCGUCUCUGGGUCUAGGACGAUGCUGAGGCUCCACAGAGGUCUAGACUUUAUAAGACUGUUCCUCAAAAAGCUAGGCGAGUCGGACGACACAGUCAACACAUGUACAGAAUGCCAGAACGCGUAUAACUCAACGCUCGCUGAGUUUCAUCCGUGGUAUAUCCGGAAAGCGGCCACACUAGCGAUGCACGCGUUACCCAACCGGCCGGACUUACUUAAGAAGAUCUUCGGGUCAGAAGACAGCCUCACAGCGGCGCUGGUGAUCCUACCACAAACCCUGUCAUCGUGCGACGAAGUGUACAACCGCGUGGAACAGCUCUACACAGACUUCGACUUCCACGGCCUACCUUAAUGUUGCCAGGUGAAAAUAUUCGAGACAUUGCCAGAUGAAAAAGUGAUAUUAAAGUUAGGGUACGUUCAGGAUUAUGUUUUUAUAAGUAUUACUCAAUUCCUAAAGCGGUUUACAGUUAAAUAUUUGUUUUUCAAACUUCAGACACCUUUGUUUGAAGGUUGCAUGUAUACAAAAAGAGCUAGAAGCCCCUUUAAGCUUACUUUUAGUAGUGACAAAGUGUGAAAAUGCUAUUAUAAACGUCUAUGGUGGCAUUGCCACACUCUUUCACUGCUUAACCUAGAUACAAGAUACUAGAGUUAGACCAAGAUAACUCUGCAACGAUUUUGACAGCACAGACUGCAAGUGUUAUUUAUACGUCAUAAUUUCAUAGAAUGUUGGUUCCUCACUUUUCUGUCGCAAAGUGCAAAUUGCUGUUAUUCUCUUAAUAUUUUAAUAAUUGUUAAUUUUUAUUUAUUAAUAGCUCAAGUCUAAAUGUCAAACUGUACCUACAUUGUAUGACCUAAGAUACUGUGGUAUAAGCUGUGGUUACCUAUAAUUGGACAAACAUCUA